AUGACCGAACCUAUAACCGAACCUAUGGCCGACCUUAUGGCCGAACCUGCUAUGGCGGACCGUCACCACCUCAUCCCAAAGGCCACCGCGUGGGCCGUCUCCCCGCCGCCGUCGUUUGAGGCGCCUCAAACGUCGUGGGCCAUCUGCUCGCCGCCGCAACACACCUUCCCCGCGAGACCCCUAAAAGGCCAUGAGAAUGCGCCCUUGCUACCGCCAGUGGCACUGCCGCUGCCGGCGCUCGCACUGCCUCUGCCUCUGCCAGCCCUUCACGUCGAGAGCUCGUCUCGCGUGGUGGUGAAUAGAGUGCUGCUGGUGGUUGCUGCGGUGGUGGCCGCGUGGGUGGUGUGGGCUAACUGGCGAAUGCUCACCAGCGAUUGGUUCCUGACGAUCCAGGCGAAGCUGAUUGGUUACUACCUGAUCGCCCAAUCAACGGUCCUGAAGCUUCCACAGAUCAUGCGCAUAGUGCAGAGCAGCAGCGUGGACGGCCUGAGUGUGACAAUGUUCGAGCUGGAGUGUGUGGGAUAUACCGUAUCUCUCCUCUUCUGCUGGACGCGCCGCGUGCCCUUCAGUGCCUAUGGCGAGCUCUUCUUCCUUCUCCUGCAAGCUCUGAUUCUCGUGCUGCUAAUCUACCAUCACUCCCCCGAACUGGGAAGCAAGAGAUACCAACGGGCUGGACUGUAA